CCGCCUCGCCGUCUAGUCCAGUGUCUCGAAGCCGAAAACAGAGUACCAUCGAGGCGACUGAAGUGGCUGUCAACUGAGCUCCCGCGGCAGUCAUGGCGGCGCCGUUAGCCCACUUCGAUGAGGACUGGCAGGACUUUAACGAAUUCAAGCCGUCCUCGGAGUCGGCCGACCAGCUGGACCAGUUAAACUCAAACGUCGGCGAUCCGUCGUCGGGCCUAGACGAUUUCUCAGACCUGGACAACAGUUUCUCUGGGGAGAUCUGCAGCUUCAAGUCGAUGGAGGAUCUCGUCCACGACUUCGACGAGAAGCUGACAGUGUGUUUCCGAAACUACAACACCACGACGGAAAACAUAGCUCCCAUUAAACCCAUCUCAGAGGAUAAUUACUUGAAAGACGACGAAGUGUGGAACGCUCUGACAGAUAACUAUGGCAACGUGAUGCCUGUGGACUGGAAGACAUCGCACACUCGCUCCCUGCACCUGCCCACCCUCAACCUCACUGAGCAUGAGAAGUUGGACAACCAGUCUUUGGAUCUGUCGGACGACGAGGAGCUGAGGGAGCAGAUGGACAUGCACUCUAUCAUUGUCUCCUGUAUCAAUGACGAGCCACUCUUCACAGCUGAACAGGUGAUAGAGGAGAUAGAGGAAAUGAUGCAGGAGUCUCCAGACCCAGAGGACGACGAGAGUCCGUCCCAGUCCGACCUGUCCAUGCUCUCCCAGGACUUUCACAACCUGAAACGCUCCGGCUCCAACACCAGCUACGAGGAUCGGCUGCGUCAGCUGUCUGUGUCUGAACUGACCGAGACUCUGGAGGAAGUGGAAACAGCCAUUCGCCGCUACAGCGAAGAGCUGAUCCAGGCUCUGGCCCUGCGAGACGAACUGGACUAUGAAAAGGAGGUGAAGAACAGCUUCAUUUCGCUGCUGAUCGACGUCCAGAACAGACAGAAGGAGCACCGCGAGCUGCUGCGCAAGAAGAAGAAAAUCAGAAGUACGACUACGACCGGACCCAACGGCCAGAGGACAGCCAGCACGCACAUACCAGGCACACUCCUCACUUUGGAGGGACUCUCCAAUGUGAUUCAAAAUGGUCUCCGUCAAACUUUUGGCAACACAGGAGGGGACAAACAGUACCUGACCACAGUAAUCCCUUAUGAGAAGAAAGCAGGCACCCCGUCUGUAGAAGACCUCCAGAUCCUCACAAAGAUUCUCCAUGCCAUGAGGGAUGACAGUGAGAAGGUACCCGCCCUGCUAACAGACUACAUUCUCAAAGCUCUGGUAUGAGAGCAGUGGAAGCCUGAGUUCUUUGUCCCACGUAAAGCCAAAGGCGAGGCCUCGCAUCUCCAGGACCUUCCAUCGGACCAUCAGAAGAGGGUUCUGGUAAUCUGGAAGAACCCAGAUAGUGGUUUAAAAUCCAAACCUUCUUCCCCAUUUUUCACAACAUAGACUUUCUUUCCUUGUGGCUUUUCUUUUUUUUUUUUACUUUGCCACUUUUGGUCUUCCUAAGAUUUUAACUCUAGAUAUAACUCCUUGGUCUGUAUAGUUCUUUUCAAUUGUAAUCUUUUAACUUUUUAUUGCCUGAGUUCUACAACCCUGUAUAUGCUGACUGCAUGAUGACUUGUCUAUGGGUGCCAGUAAUCAGUAUUAGUCUCAACACCUCACUUCCUGAUUUGCCAGUGGCUCUUGAAUAGUAAAGGGUCAGAGAAAUAACGAGAUGUUUUGCUUUUCUUUGGGUUUCAUCAGCAGGCCUGUGUGAGGGAAAUACAGUCCAAUCUCUUUUGUAAACUGAGCGCAUUUGCAUCUUUGUAGUUCAUGCCUGACAGGGAAAACAAAUCCUGGCUGAAUCUCUGGAUCUUAAGGUGCCAGGCGAGUCGUGAUACCAAGUACAAAUCCUGUUUUCCCUGUAUGGAAACCUUUGCUUUAAUAGCUUCUGUUAAUUGAUUGCAUAUAAUGUCUUGAGGUUGAAGACUCUGCUUGCUAAUGAUCAAAAAGAGCAAACCCUUUAAUUUAAAAUCUAAAAUGUAGGCCCCCCUGUCUUUGCAUGUUGGUUUUGGGUUUAUGCUCAUUAUAAGCUGUUAGUUGAAUGUUAAAAUGAAAUAUUUUGUAUACGACUAUGUGAAAUUGCACAGUUUUGGAAACUUUUCACUUUUUGAAAAAGGGAAAAAAAGCGAAAUGACUUAAGAAAGUAAUGGCUGGAUGAACAAACAUGUAAAGCAUAUUUUUGGAUAAGGAGUCGUCUUUAGUGAGAUUAGGGACUUGACGUUUGCAGCGUCAUUUUGUAAAUGCUGUCCAUUGACCUCUGAGCCCUCGAGUAGUGACCCCAUCCCCAACAACUUCCCCAGGGGUCAUCAUCGUCGUCGUCGUCACAUGAGUCUGCAGAUACCUCGUAUUACAUUUCUGCAUUAGUAGAGAACAACCUGUCUGGUUGCAGCAUUAGAUAAAUAUUGUAGGUAGGAUCAUGUCAGGAUUGAUAAUUGUGUAGUUAAGCUUCCAUCAUAAGUUAACCCCUUAACUGUUGUGUAAAUUUUUUGGGAUUUUGUGGUAGCACUUUAGUCUGUCAGUGAUCUGGUCAUGUAGUAGUGGAACAUGUGAUGGAUGUACUUUAGAGUAUGUCUCACUAGGGUUAGUGUUAGAUGAAGCGUAGAGACUUAAGCUAGUGGUGCAGAAAACACGUUCCAUAACAUUUAUUCUGUUCACUUUAUCAGUCAGCACGAGCCUUAAAGGGGCACUCCACUGAUUUUAUACAUUGCCAUCAGUUCUUCUUAUAGAGUGCUGUAACAGUUGUAUGACGUCCUCUGUGGAGGAGCUAUGUCAAAGUACCCUGAUGAUGUCAUAACGAUGUCAUCAGGGUUAUCUUGGCUCAGACUUGAGACUACAAAUUCAUAACAGGAAGCUCAUGUGAAAAACUCAGGGCAUGGAGUUUGACAGAUGUCAGUGGUUACCAAAUGGAGAAGGACUAACAAAAACAUACCACCAAGUUGCAUUGUGGGAACUGUAGGAUCUAUAUGAGGGAGUAAAAGUCAGGAUAUCUCAGCUUCGGCUGCAUCGGUUUUGACCAAUUCUGUUUUCAUAAUGUGAGUCUUGUUAGUCUUCCACCUUUACGACGGUGCAAUAUCAAAUCACUGGAGCGUCCCUUCAAAGCCACGUAACACCAAUCUGGCACUGCACUCGAUGCCGCAUCAUCAGCAAGUUGGUACAAUAGCGUUCAGAUCACCAGCUACUACAGGUGCACCACACACUGUCAGAUCAGGUCUAGCUCUCAGGUACGAUCAUCAGUGCUAGAAGUUAAAAAAUCUCGUUCUGACAUUCCUGAGUGUCUCUAUGUUUCUGACAACGUUUUAACAGCUAGACUUCAACUUGCUGCACUUUUAUCUUUUCUCACUCCAAAUACCUGGACGAGCAGAUGGAGAUAAUCAUGGUAGCCUCUUAACUAAAUCAGGGUAGCAUUACAGAUGUCGAUUAUGUCAUGAUGUUUUUUUUUUCUUUGAAACACAGAUAUACAAGUCCUUAGUAGUAAUAACAGUAGGUGUAGAUAUGCGUUCAAAGGCACAGAUGAAGGCCUCUCAGUAGCAUCUGCUUGUUGUAGCAAUCUAGUGACGAUAACUUAGAUGCAGCUGUAACAUCUAGCAGCAAACUUUAGUUUAAUAGAAAAUUUGAAAGCAUGGCUUUUAAGGUUGCUGCCAGAAUAAAAGGGGAAGUCGCGAUAAAGAUUGUGGAUGUUGGGGAAGAUUGCACAAAAGGUUGCUCAAAUAUGAGGGUCCAUUUAUUCUUUUGUAAAGGAUGACAAAAAGCUUGUAGUGCUAUAUUUAACUAUUUAUAUGUACUGUUGCCAGCUUUGAAAACAUUCACAACCUAGCAUGUGCUGCAUGCACUUUACUGCUGCAAACACAUCUCUAAUGAUGAACAAUUUGUUUUUGUUUACGGACAUAGUAGUAUCACACUAAAGGGACAAGUGCAUAUUGCAAUGAAAUGCAGAACACCAUAAAACAAAUAAGCAUUUCAUCUUAACUGAUGUGAAAAAGGGCAAAGAAAAUGCCUAAAGAUUUUGAGCCAUUUUCAGGUAACGUCCCUCAGCCGAUCAUAAUCCGAAAAAUCAAAAGCUUCAGUCAAAACGGUCACAAUGCUAACUGUGUAAAUUUCUCUUUAGUUUUAUAAUGAAAUGGCAGUCAGCACGGAGGUCACCGACGGAUCUCGUCUCAGGCCAGAGCCCCUCACCUGGUCUCUUCUUAGCAGACAUAUCAGUGUAACUACAAUUUAGAGAUUUAUAUUUAUAUAUGUACAACGAAACAAGCAACAAAAAAUGAGGCUGCCUUUGUAAAUGCCUGAAAGAUUUUUUGUACAUUAAUCCGAUUCCUCUUUUUGUUUUUAAUGCAAUAUAAUUCCCCAGUUUGGGGUUUUAUGUUUACUGUCUCAUGUGGUACUGCAGUAUAUUAAUUUAUUAUGUAAAUGUUCAUUUUGUAACCAUUUUAUUGACUGUAAUGGUACAAGUGUUUGUGCCCACAUUGCAUCGCAACUCAUUUCAAAUAAAUUAAUAUGUGAAGACUUUAA